AAAGUCAUAUGGUAAACCAUAUAAACAGUAAAUGUACUAUGGCGGAGCACAUCAAACAACUGGCAAAGCAGGCUUCAGCAUAUCUCAGUUUUCAGAAAAAAAAACACCUCGCCUGGAAAUGUACCGGUUGAAAGUUCGUCGGGAAAAGUCUUCUGUGAAUUCAAAAAUCUUUCGCAGUUGUUCCCGGGCCGGCGGUCAAGUGGUGUCCGAAAUCGAACGCCUUCCACCGAGGGAAGGUUUUAGACCGGCGCGGAAGGCACUACUUGACCAAGCCUUACAAGGAAGUUCAGUCCGUCGCGGAGGUUGUUCGAUGAUCGUCGUUGUGCCUCACCGGAAGUAUUCGUGUGCCUCACCGGAAGUAUUCGUUACACUUCAGACGGCUCAACCCUUGACCAACCGGAACAGUGUGCAAAUGCGACAGUCAAAUCUGGUGGAGUGUCAGUAUGUCCACGGCCGCCGGUACCAGAGUCACCCGAGAUGAGCUUCAAGUUUGGGGGAAGAGAGAUCAACAGCAGCAGAGUGCUGAAAAGUAGAUCGUCAAAUCGGUAAGUUUGAUCAAUUAGCUUAGAACUUUAGAACUUAGAACUAAAUUACCGUCUUUUUUCAU